AUGGCUGCUGGUCUCUGUUGGUCCAGGAUAGUGACUGUGCCCACAGGCCCUUUGCUGCGUGUGGAGGGCCAGGAGGUGGCCAUUCGCUGUGAUGUCUCAGACUACGAGGGUCCGAGUGAACAGGACUUUGAAUGGAAUGUGCUGCGGGGGUCGGAUGCCGUCAAAUUAAUCUCCUCCUUCGACCCCUCGUACUCAGACCAAUCCCUAAGGGAUCGCGUGGACAGUGGGGACAUCAGUAUAAAUCGCUUAAGUGACAGCUCUGCAGAGCUGAAAAUCAGAGGGGUGAGGGUAACUGACAGCGCCACCUACCAGUGCAGUACUCCAAGCACCGAUACAGUCAUCGCCGGCAAUUAUCAUGCAGACGUGCAGCUCCGAGUGAUUAGCGACAGUCUCAUCAUUACCUCUGAGAUGCCGAAGCCUGUGGUACCUGAGGGCAAAUCAGGUACUCUUCUCUGUAAUGUCACCCAUGAUUUCACUGAGGGUAGCUACCUUUCCAUCAACUGGUCAGUCAGGAAAGGGACGUCACCUGCCGAGGACAUCCUGACAUUUGGGCCUGAGAUGGGCGUGACGGUCGGAGGUCACUACCUCCAGCGCUAUGAAGAUGGAGGCCUUCGUCUGAAUCUGGGUAGUCCCGGAUCCUUCGGCCUGGUUCUGUCCAGAGCUCUACCCACUGACCAGGGGGUGUAUGUCUGCACAGCCAGGCAGUGGACAAAGGAGGUGGGCGGAGCCUGGCAAAAGAUUCAGGAGAAGAGCUCAGACAUGGGCAAAGUCACCGUGACACCCACAGUGGACUCUCUCACUGUCAAAGUCGAGGACGUUUCUCCUUUGAGCGUGGGCGACCCGCUCUCCCUCACCUGCUCGGUUUCCAUGGAAGACAAGGCCGACUUGGGCCUGGAGGUGACGUGGCUGCUGAAUGACACGCAGGUGCUCAUCCACAUGGCUCGUAACGGACUGGUGGCAAACUCCUCAGACGCAGUGAGAGUGACGCGGGUGGGUGAGAGCGAUUUCAGGCUGACAGUUGGAAGCCUGGAGCUCUCUGACUCAGGGCUCUAUUCGUGUAGGGUGAAUGCCUGGGUACCCCUCAGUGGUGGCCAAUGGUACCAAUCAGCGAAAAAGACAUCUAAGCCUGUACUGGUGGUGGUCGGUCAAAAAGAUCCAGAUUUUUCUGUCACUCUGGUUAGUUCUGUGACUGCACAGUUCCCUGGUGAUCCCACUGAGCUGGAAUGUCAGGUGACAAAUGUUUCCCACCUGCGUAACGGACGAUUGGGCGUGUCCUGGCAUUACACAGCAACCACGCCCAUGGGUGACACGACGACCAUGCAUGUCAUCGCUUCACUGGAUGAGAAUGGGGCCCUCAGGCCUGCCGAAAAGUAUCGCGCCCGUCUCGAAUCCGGUCUCAUCUCUGUGACACGAGUGGAACCAAACACCUUCAAGCUCCGCUUUCUCCGCGCGAUGAAUGCCGACGCAGGCAAUUACGCUUGCAGCGUCACUGCAUGGGCCCUCUCUCGGAAUGGCAACUGGGAAAGAGCAGCAGAAUUCCAAACCCCUGUUCUCAAACUCAGCUUGGCUACAAAGAAGCCUGCCCUCAGCGUAGGGGCCUCUCGUUUACGAGAAGCCACGGCCAGCGGCAGCACCUUCGAGAUGAGCUGUCGCGUUGCUGGGGAUAGCCUGCAGGGGGCGUCAUUCUCUGUAAUCAUCCAGUUCCAGGAGUCUGUUCUGGGGCCAGUUCGGAAGGUCAUUUCCCUGAGCUCGGAUUCUGUGCUCAAACUGGAGGACGCGAGCGAGCCCGACCGGCUGGACAGCGUGUCGCUCGUGAAAUCUGGAGCUCGAGAGUUCCGGUUCCGAAUUCAGGGGGUGCAGGUUUCGGACCGGGGGUACUACUGGUGCCAGAUUGGUGCUUGGACCCAGCAGCCUGGUGAGGACCGGGUGGAGGUAGUGAGCGGAGACUCCAAUAAAGUCCAGAUUGAUUUUGAACAUACAGGUCCCUCAUUUCUUGUAUCCAUUAGUUCAGACACUACAAGCGUAUAUCCCUGGGAACCUGUUAAAAUGCAGUGUGAAAUGGUUGUGGCAGGAACAUCUCCAAACACAGAUGACGUGGCAUACGAGAUACGUUGGUUCUUGACUCGAAUCAGGGAUUCAGAUGACCCCAUACUGUUGAUUAGUAUGGACCGCUGGGGUGUGGUGCGUAAGGUCCCUCGCAACGAUAGUAGUGACCUCAGCCUGGAACGCUCUGAUUCCCAGAAAUACCUGCUCGGUGUCCACAGCACCCAGGACAGUGACGCAGGCGAAUACCACUGCAUCGCCACGCCUUGGCUCCGAUCACCAGCAUCCGGAAAAUGGAGCAAGGCUCCUGAUGCCAUCUCUAAAAGGGUCUUCCUCAGUGUCAAAUUUGCAUUUUGGGACUCCAUGAAGCUGCCCUUGCUAUAUGGGGUCUGUGCGUCAGCCUUUAUGGGGAUCUUCUCCCUCCUUUUGGGCCUCAUUUGUGCUCACUGCUGCUGCCGAAACACGACAAGCACACCCCGCUCACGCAACAAACUUAUGGACCUGGAAAUGGACUGA